UGCCCUCGGAGCGGAACAGAAGCCAGCGCCGCUGCCGCUUUUGGUUUCCCUUUUGCGCCUGUACGGAGAGAGCGGAGCCGCAGCGGGCCCGGAGUGAAGAGUCCUCGCCUCAGGGAAAAGAAACGCUGAGUUCCUACAGAGCUGGGAAGGAGGAUGGUCCACGCCGAGGCGUUCUCGCGGCCCCUGAGCCGGAACGAGGUGGUGGGGUUGAUCUUCCGCCUGACCAUCUUUGGGGCCGUCACCUAUUUCACCAUCAAGUGGAUGGUGGAUGCCAUCGACCCCACCAGGAAACAGAAAGUGGAAGCUCAGAAGCAGGCUGAAAAGCUGAUGAAGCAAAUAGGAGUGAAGAAUGUGAAGCUGACUGAGUAUGAGAUGAGCAUUGCUGCCCACCUGGUGGACCCACUCAGCAUGCAUGUCACCUGGAGUGAUAUUGCAGGCUUAGAUGAUGUCAUCACAGAUUUGAAAGACACUGUCAUUUUGCCCAUCAAGAAGAAAUAUUUAUUUGAGAAUUCCAGGCUCUUACAGCCCCCCAAAGGAGUCCUUCUCUAUGGCCCCCCUGGCUGUGGGAAAACCCUGAUUGCCAAAGCUACGGCCAAGGAAGCCGGGUGUAGGUUCAUCAACCUCCAGCCCUCCACGCUGACGGAUAAAUGGUAUGGAGAAUCCCAAAAACUGGCUGCUGCUGUCUUCUCCCUGGCCAUAAAGCUCCAGCCAUCCAUCAUUUUUAUUGAUGAAAUAGAUUCCUUCCUGCGGAACCGAUCGAGCACCGACCACGAGGCCACAGCCAUGAUGAAAGCCCAGUUCAUGAGUCUGUGGGAUGGGCUGGACACCGACUACAACUGCCAGGUGAUUGUGAUGGGAGCCACCAACCGGCCCCAGGACCUGGACUCUGCCAUCAUGAGGAGGAUGCCCACCCGCUUCCACAUCAACCAGCCCGCUCUGAAGCAAAGAGAGGCGAUCUUGAAGCUGAUUUUGAAGAAUGAAAAUGUGGACAGCCACGUGGAUCUGCUGCAGGUGGCCAAGGAGACCGACGGCUUCUCGGGCAGCGACCUGAAGGAGAUGUGCCGGGACGCGGCGCUGCUCUGCGUGCGGGAGUACGUCAACAACGCCUGCGAGGAGGACGUCCACGAUGAAGAUGAGAUCCGGCCUGUGCAGCAGCAGGAUCUCCACAGGGCCAUCGAGAAGAUGAGGAAAUCCAAGGAUGUCUCCAUGCAGAACCUGGCCAUGGAGAUUGUGUUUGAUUAAGAGGAAAGAGUGUGUUUGCAGUUCCUGAAGUGAUUUAGUUUGACUUCUGUAAUCAGUUAGCAAAACCAAUGUCAGGGGGUGGGAAUGGGGGUGGCAAAGGGAGUUCUGUUCCUGGAAUCGUUUUUAUACAACAACAACCUCUAAGUUAUUGCAAUUCCAACUGGAAGUGGAAGCACAGAUCAUGAGUGGAACAAUUCAGCCCAGACCAAGAGCGAGUGCCUGCGUGUUGUCCCCAGGGAUCCCUUGGAGCCUUCCAGCAGGAGAGGGUGGUCCCGGAGCCAGGGGGCAGGACCUGGCACGGGCUGGGUGUGUACAGAUGGGUGUGUGAGUGCAGGACCUGUACAUAGCCACACUUUUUUUUAUAUAUAGACAUAAUCUGUAGAUAACUUGAGUACGGAAAAUCUUUUCUACUUCCUGAAGCAAACCAAAUCAGAAGCUGCAUAGGGGAAAGAUUCCUCGAUACUCAGUUCACUUCUACCUUUUAGCAGCAAAUGCCAGGAUAGAAACUGCUCCUAGAACAUUUGAAAUGCUACUGAUUUUUCUUCCACAUGACCACUUGAAAUCUGGUGCCAUUUAGUCAAGAUAGCAAACUAUUAUGUAAGAAUGUUUGAAUACUUUUAAUUUUUUUAUGAAUUCUGCUUUUGAAGGCUUUUUACAUGAAGGCUGUUUUUGUUUUUGGUUUUCACUUGCUGUGAGCAGUUAGAGUAGAAUCCCACUUGCUCUUUCCUAAAGCCCCAUGUCCUCUGAGCUCUCUGAAGCCUGAGCUGUCUGAGCUCCUGUGCACUGUCCCAAGGACUUGCUUCUCCCUCGGUCUCUGCAAGCCCCACUGUGGCACCGUUCCCUGAAGUGUCACAGCCCUGAGGCACAGGGGGGGACACUGUGUGAUGUUUGACUCUGUCCCAUUAUCAGAUCUGUGAAUUUAAAGAGGAUGGGUUUGGGGCUUAUUGAUGUGUUUUAGCAACAUGCUGUCCUUGCUGGUACCAGUUCUGGUGAAUUCUUGUUCUCUUGUGAUAAAGGCCAAGGGUUACAAAUGUGAGUGGCAAAAAUGUUUGGUUUUUUGUGAAGUUGUCAGAGAUAGUCAAGAACUUCAGGUUUUUUCAUAUAAUGCUAUGAAUUGUGCACUAAUUGACCCCAAGUCUGUAAAGGGAAUUAAUUGUUCAAAGCCCAGGGGUGGGAUGCUGUGUCACAGCUGCCUGUGAGGGGAGGGAAACAUGGGAGGCACAGAAUGAUGUAAAACCAAAUGCACUGCAAAGGGAAAUAAAGUGAAAGAAGGAGGGCUGGAGCCCUGGCAUGA